AUGCCGGGGGUUGGUGGUCUGUCUCCUUUGCGCUGCCUCCUUCUCCUGCUCCUGGCCCCCCACAGCGCUGAGGAGGCCCGUGGUGCUCGGCGCAGGUUUGAGUACAAGUUCAGCUUCAAGGGACCACAGCUGGCAUUGCCUGGGGCUGGAAUUCCAUUUUGGAGCCAUCAUGGAGAUGCCAUCCCAGGCCUGGAGGAAGUACGACUGGUGCCAUCCUUGAGGAACCAGAGUGGCGCCGUGUGGAGCAGGGCCUCUGUCCCCUUCCCUGCCUGGGAGGUGGAGAUGCAGAUGAGGGUGACGGGUCUGGGACGCAGGGGCGCCCAGGGCAUGGCUGUGUGGUACACCCAGGACAGAGGCCAAGUCAACUCUGUCCUGGGAGAACCAGCUUCGUGGGACGGCAUUGGGAUCAUCUUUGAUUCCUCAACCAAGGAUGCCCAGAACAGCCCUGCCAUCCGUGUGCUGGCCAGCGAUGGGCAUACCCUCCCUGAGCAACCUGGGGAUGGAGCCAAUCAGGUGUUGGGCUCCUGUCACCGGGACUUCCGGAACAGGCCAUACCCCUUCAGAGCCAGGAUCACCUACUGGGGGCAGAGGCUGCAUGUGUCCUUGGGCAGCGGCCUCACUCCAAAUGACCCCGACGAGAUCUGUGUUGAUGUGGGACCCCUGAUUUUGGCCCCUGGAGGUUUCUUUGGGGUCUCAGCAGCUACCAGCACCCUGGCAGAUGACCAUGAUGUCCUGUCCUUCCUGACCUUCAGUCUGAGCGAGCCAGGUCCAGAGGCUGCUCCCCGGCCCUUCUUGGAAAUGGAACAGCAACGCUUGGCAAGGCAGCUAGAAGAGCUGCAGGCAAGGUUGGCCCUAGGCCCCCAAGAGGACAUCAUUCCACAGCUGAACUCCAAAGUCCAGGAAGAGGGGCAAAGGCUCUUCGACCUGGAGGAGAUACUGGAUAAACAGAGGUGGAUCCUGCAGGCCCUCCAGGCUCUGUCCCAGCAGUUGGCCCAGGCCGAGAGGCAGUGGAAGAAACAGCUGGGGCCCCCAGGGCAGGCCAGGCCUGAGGGAGGCUGGGACUCUGUCAAGGUCAGCACCCUGAUGUGUGGACAGCGUACUCUGCUGCAGUCCCUGCAAGAGAUGAGGGAUGCAGCUGCCCACAUGGCCUCAGGAACUCAGGUCUUCUACCUGCCUGUGGGCACCCAGCAUCAUUUCUUGGAGCUGGACCAGAUCCUCAGCCUCCUGCAGAAGGACCUUCGGGGCCUGGUAAAAGUGGCAGCCAAGGCGUCCUGCCCACCUGCCUGGUGCCCAGGUGUCUCCACAUGCCUGCAGCCUGGUAUCUUCCUGUUCUUCCUCCUCAUCCAGACUGUUGGCUUCUUCUGCUAUGUGAACUUCAGGCAGGAGCUGGACAGGAGCAUUCUGGAGGGUCUGUCCUCGGGAAGCCUUCCUCUGGGUCCUACCCCACACCUCCCUAGGGUGCUGCGGGCUCUGAGGAGGCAGCCUGUCUCACCCAGCAUUCAUGCUUGA